UUUUUUUAAACUUUGAAUAUUUAAAAUUCUUUUUACUUUUUUUUUGUAUUGCUUUAUUUAAAAUAUGGGGAUUUGAAAUGGGGGAGGAGGAGGAUUGCUUUGCUUUUAUUCUCAAGUUGAUCGGAUUUCUAAUUUACAAGUUUCAUUAUUUUGGUUCUGAUUUCCGACACCCCCCCCCCUCCUCCCUACUUCCUUUACUUUUAAAUACCCCCCCCCCUCCCCUCAAUCUCUCUUCACCUUUUUAUUUUCAGAAUUAGU